AUGGCGCACACCGCUAAUGGAGACGUGAGUUAUUCUUUUCCGGAGGAGAUGAAACGCGGAUCUGUGAUUGGAAAUAUAGCAAAGGAUCUCGGGCUCGAUGUGAACAGACUCUCACCUCGUAAGGCUCGCAUUGAUACUGAAGGAAACAGAAAACGAUUCUGCGACAUUAAUCUGAAUACUGGAGAACUGACCGUAGCGGAGAGGAUCGACAGAGAGGGGCUUUGUGGAAAGAAAUCUUCAUGCGUAAUAAAACAGGAGCUCGUGCUGGAAAAUCCUUUGGAGCUGCAUCGCUUCAUUCUUAAUAUUGAGGACAUAAAUGAUAAUUCACCACAGUUCAAAGAAAAGACAAUCAAAUUCGAAAUAAGUGAAUCCGCAGACAAAGGAUCUCGUUAUUUAUUAGAUGAGGCCCAUGAUGCGGAUAUUGGUGUGAAUUCAGUGCAGUCAUAUACAUUACAAAACAAUGAACACUUUCUUCUGAGUGUUCUUACUGGGGCAAAUGGAAACAAAUAUGGAGAACUGGUUCUUAAUAAAGAGUUGGAUCGCGAGCAGCAAAAAGAGGUGACUUUAAUUCUCACUGCGGUUGAUGGCGGGACUCCACCGAGAUCAGGUACUGUAGCCAUACACGUCACUGUACUGGAUGCUAAUGAUAAUGCUCCAGUCUUUAGUCAGGCCGUCUAUAAAAUCAGUGUGCCUGAAAAUUCUCCUGUAGAUACUGUAGUGGUUACUGUGAGCGCUACUGAUGCUGACGAGGGACAAAAUGGAGAGGUAACAUAUGCAUUUGGUCAUUUAUCAGAAAGCUUUAUUGAAAUGUUUUCUCUUGAUGCAGUUUCUGGUGAGAUUAAACUCACAGGACUCAUUGAUUAUGAGGAGGAGAGUUUAAUUGAACUGCCAAUUCAAGCUAAAGAUGGUCAAGGGCUAGCAGGACGAUCUACUGUAUUAAUUGAUGUUACUGAUGUCAAUGAUAACGCACCACUUAUUAUGAUCAAUUCUCUGAAUAGCCCCAUUCCCGAGAAUGCAUCACCCGGUACAGAGGUUGGCAUCAUUAAUGUGCAGGACAGAGACUCUGAGAAUAACGGACAGGUGCGCUGCUCCAUUCAGCAAAACGCCCCAUUUAAACUCGUACCUUCAAUCAAAAAUUACUAUUCUCUGGUGACCACAGGUGAAUUAGACCGCGAGCUGGUGUCUGAUUAUAACAUCACAAUUACUGCUACUGAUGAGGGCUCUCCACCUUUAUCUUCCACUAAGAAUAUUCACUUCACUGUAGCGGACGUGAAUGAUAACCCACCUGUAUUUGAAGAGCAGAAUUACAGAGCUAAUGUGCAAGAAAAUAACAAACCGGACUCCUCUAUUUGUUCAGUAUCAGCUACAGACCCGGACUGGAGACAGAAUGGCACUGUAGUUUAUUCUCUGUUGCCCUCUGAUGUCAAUGGCGCACCGGUGUCCUCCUUUUUAUCCAUUAACGGAGACACCGGGGUCCUUCAUGCCGUGAGGUCGUUUGAUUACGAGCAGUUGAGAAGUUUUAAAGUGCUCGUGUUAGCCAGAGACAACGGAUCUCCUCCUCUGAGCAGUAACGUGACCGUGAGUGUCUUCAUAACGGAUGAGAAUGAUAACUCCCCUCAGAUAUUAUACCCCUCUCCGGAAGGGAACUCCUUCAUGACCGAGAUGGUCCCCAAAGCUGCGCAGGGGGCUCUCUGGUCUCCAAGGUGA